GGUGAAGACGGACCGGAAGUGACAGCAGCAGGACUUCCCUGUGACUUCCCUGUGUAAUUCAGUCCUUCUGGAGACAGCUGGAGGAAAGUCCUCCGUGUGUCCAGACCUGGUCCAGACAUGUCCACAGCCUACAGGAACAGAAUACAGGAGUUCAAAGUCGCCUUGAGUGAAGAACACAUUAACCUGAAGACUCUGAGGGAGCUCUGCUUCAAUGGAAUCCCAUUUGAAGGAGGAAUACGAGCACUUUGCUGGAAGAUCCUUCUUAAUUACCUCCCCCCCGAUCAGACGAUAUGGGAGUCGUUCCUCAAGAAGCAGAGGGACGUCUACUCCCAGUUCUUAAAGGAGAUGAUCAUCCAGCCUGGUAUUGCCAAAGCCAACUUGGGCCUUUCCAGAGAGGACGUGACCAUGGAGGAUCAUCCUCUAAAUCCAAACCCCGACAGCAGGUGGAAUAACUACUUCAAAGAUAAUGAGAUUCUGCUCCAGAUCGACAAGGAUGUAAGGCGUCUGUACCCAGACAUGGCGUUUUUCCAACGUCCCACCGCCUACCCCUGCCAACUCAUCUUGGAUCCUCAGAACGAUUACGAGACGCUGCGUCGACGGGUGGAGCAAACCACCCUGAAAGCACAAACCGUGAACCGCAACCGCAGCGGAGUCACCAAUGUCAGCUCUCCUGGAAAGUCGUUGAACCUGUAUCCGUCUAAUGAGUACGAGGUGCUGCCCAAUGGGAGUGAAGCACACUGGGAGGUGGUGGAGCGGAUCCUCUUCAUCUACGCCAAACUCAACCCCGGGAUCGCCUACGUGCAGGGCAUGAAUGAGAUCGUCGGGCCCAUUUACUACACCUUUGCCACGGAUCCAAACAGUCAGUGGAACGAGCACGCCGAGGCGGACACGUUCUUCUGCUUCACCAACCUGAUGUCAGAGAACAGAGACAACUUCAUCAAGAGCCUGGACGACUCGCAGUGCGGCAUCACCUACAAGAUGGAGAGCGUGUACUCCAUGCUCAAAGACAAAGACCUGGAGCUCUAUCACAAACUGGAAGAGCAGAACAUCAAACCUCAGUAUUUCACUUUCCGCUGGCUGACCCUGUUGUUGUCUCAGGAGUUUCUCCUGCCAGAAGUCAUCCGCAUCUGGGACAGCCUGUUUUCUGACGAGGGCCGAUUCCACUUCCUCCUCCUGGUCUGCUGCGCUAUGCUCAUACUCAUCAGAGAUAAAUUACUGGCAGGAGACUUCACAGUCAAUAUGAGAUUACUGCAGGAUUACCCCAUCUCGGACGUCCACAUCAUCUUGACGAAGGCCAAAGAUCUGCAGGAGAACUCCUAACCUGUUCCCUCUGGUCCUCGUGCCUCCUCUCAGAUGUGGUAGGUGGGAGCUCGAGCGUUCAAACUUUAUCAUGUCAGACGUGUCGCGAGAGGACUUGAUCAGUGACGACAGAGGCUCCCUGCUUUUUAACUCGAUGUGUGGUUAGCAGGGGCCGCUGUGAAAACCUGGAGGACUUGUUGAAAUUAAACUAUUGCUUCCUCAAAAGGAGCAGGAGAUGCCACUUUGUUCCUGAUGCAUUAUGGGAAAAGGUUGCCUUGGUACGUGGGGGUGGUCCUCUCGCAGCCUCCUCUCCCACAGAAAGGUGUCGAGAUCAGACCCCUCACUGAACAUCUGAGGGAGAGGGAGCCGCGUGAACCUGCCUCACUGAUGUUCGAACUGAAGCCAACAAUGGACCAGAAUCCUGCUGCGAUCAUGUUUCUGUCAGACUGAGCGUCGAACUGGGUUUAACAGUGCAUGUUUGUUCUCAUUUUUAAAAGCUGAACCUUUUUAAUGUAAGAAACAUGUUUGCCUUAUCAGUUUACCAAUGUGAAACAGGAAACAGUGUUUCUGGCUAAAUAUGAGUAAAUAUGAAGUGAUGGGUCUGUUGCAUAAGUAACCGUCUGAAAAUCAUUAUUGUCUGAGUGUUAUGUCUCUAAAAUGAGAGAAUAUAUGGAUGAUCAGUCUCGUGUCCGGGCGCCGCCAUCUUGCUCUCUUGACGUCAUUUGGAGUCUGUGUAAAACUGAGGCCCAGAGGAGGCAGAGGCAUCUCCAGGGCAAAUGAAGUAUUUCUCAUAUCUAGAAUUUUUAUAAUAAUUUUUGUAAACACUCAUGAGAGGUGAGACGGGUUUUUUUCCUUUCUGACUUUUCUGCUCCAGAAGAUCGAAUCAUCUGAAUAUUAACACGCUGUUGAAACGCUGUCUGUAAAACUGAGGGUUCGGUGGUUGGAAGCUGUGAUGAGCUCUGAUAUCAGAAGGGCUCUUUCAUUAAAACUCUAAUUUCUGUCAAGUUAAAUUUCCAGUCAGAGCUGAGGUCAUUCUCUGUCGCCAAAAUGAGCCGACAUUGGUUCUUCUGUUUAUUAUUGGAUGUGAAACCGGUGCAGUCAGUGACUUUCAGCUGCUCCUUUAGAGGCGUCAUCUGGUUUUGAAUGACUGAUUUGAAUAUAAAAAUGAAUUACAUCCACCAGUCUUUACAUGUACCUCAAGAGCACUUCGUAUUCCAGCUGUCACCAACAGGUGACUGGAGAUUUGCAUUUCAGGAUAAUUAAAGCAAAGUCCAUUUAAAGGAGACACAUUCUGCUCAUACAUGUGUAUGAACUAAGGUUUGAAGGACACACAGCCAUGUGUCCAGUUUCUUUUGAACUCUGGAUCCUUCGUUGCUCAGGAGUGGAAGGACGCAUUUGAAGGAGCCUUUGAAAUGGGACAGUCUGGUUGCACCAUCUUCGAAAGCAGCUCUGGAGGAUACAGCUCCUGAAGUGAGACACGGCUGUUGUGUAGACAAGUAUUCAGACUCUUCCCACGUUGUGUUCAGGUUCAUUGUGUUUGCUUUACUCAUCCUUCAGAUGAUCCAGAAUUUAACCAGUCACAGUUCCUGUGGGGACACGGAGGAUCUCUGCAGAGUGAAUCCUCUCUGAAGCUGAGCGUGUCCCGGAGCAGCAUCGUGGCCUCAGCACGACGCCGAGUUACUCACUGAACGGCAAAAGAAAUCAUCUGAUUCUAGCUGUCAGGUUCUAAGAUGAUAAAUAUAGAAGAUCAGUCUCUGUUAAAAUGAGGAAUGUGCAGAAUCUUGUUAAGUUUCACAACUAACUAUUUACUUAAGAACCAUUUAUUUUAUUUUUCUUGCUUGUCCUAUAUUCUAAGAUCUUAAAAUCUUUUGUCUUCACUCAUUAAAACUUUAUUCUUGAAAUGUCUGAGUAUUUCUUCCUCAACAUGACGCUGCCGCUCCAUCGCACCUCAGUCGAUGUUCGACUGGCCAACGAGACGUGAUUCUGUAACACAACCUCUUCAAGUUCUUUUUCUCCAGAAUUCACUUUAAAAUGACAAACAAACGUUUUAGCAUUUGAAAGUGUUUUUAAUUAACAUUGUUCCUCAUGUUCCUCUUUCUUCUGUGUAUUUAUUUCUUUGCUGUGAGGGUUAUGAUAUUCUGUCUUAUGCUAUUUGCAUGGUUCCAGUUUUGUAAACACAUUUUGUAAUGUCUCCAGUGUUAAGACUUGUAUAUAUGUUUUUACAUGUCUGCAUUCAAAUUAAAGAUGGUAUAAAUCAAA